AUGCCUACAUCUCUGCAUCCCCAGGCCAAAUUCGACCCUAUACCUCCCGACCUCGAUCUGUACGGCCUAGUCGACCGAACGCCCAAUUUCAAAUGGGUCCAGCGAGUGUCAAGGACCCAGAUUCGCCAUCUGGGUCAACAAGAGUUUGAGAAGGUGGUCAAGAUGCAUGUCAUAGAGGGAGGGAAGCCUCUCGUGGUCGAGGGCUGGGACACGGCAUUCCCUAAGGGUCUGUUCAGUGCGCGCUGGCUCCAAGACAAUUACGACAAGAAGCAAGAGAAUGUUCGCGACAUUGGUACCAGCACGGACAUGCCUAUGACUACUGGGCACUAUCUCCGUUCGAUGAAACUCCUCACGAACCAGUGGACGCCAGACAACUUCCGCGACGAGCGCCGUCAACGCCUAUACCUCAAGGAUAUCGACUGCCCUCGGGAAUGGCGCGACGCGCUGGAAAAGGUCAUCCAUCCCAGCCUGUUCUACCUGAACGAGAAUGUCAGUGGCCACGGCAAUCAACGAAACACAAAUGACGACGAUGACGACGACGAUAUGAAACCCGAUCAGCCCGUAGCACCAGCUGGAGAUCUCAUGUCUAGCUUACCGGAAGAGAUGCGAGCUCAGAACCUGAUGUGCUACAUUGGCCACGAAGGGACCUACACCCCUGCUCACAGGGAGAUGUGUGCAUCGCUGGGUCAAAACAUUAUGGUUGAGGCUUCUGGCGAUACAGAUGGCGAGAAGCCCGGAAGCUCGUUAUGGUUCAUGACUGAAAGCAAAGAUCGGGAGGUCGUCCGAGAGUACUUUCUCUCCAUGCUAGGGCACGAUAUCGAAAUUGAAAAACACUUUGCCCAAAUCAAUGCUUGGAAGAAGGCGCCAUUCGAUGUUUACAUUGUCGACCAGAAACCCGGCGACUUCAUCCUCAUUCCGCCCCUGGCCGCACAUCAGGUCUGGAACCGCGGUACGCGCACCAUGAAAGUGGCCUGGAAUCGCACGACGGUCGAGACUCUAGACUUGGCGCUGCACGAGGCUCUCCCUAAGGCUCGGCUGGUCUGCCGCGACGAGCAGUACAAGAACAAGGCUAUUGUCUACUUCACCUUGUCUAAAUACUACCAGCAGCUCCAAAGCCUAGAAGAACAAGCAGAGUUGGCACAGAUGAACUUCCUGGGCAUCGGCCAGGACAUUGUCAGAAACUCACCCCGGGCACGACAACUGGCGGAGGACUUCAAGGAGUUGUUGGGGCUAUUCAAGGAGAUCCUGGUGAAUGAAAUGUUUGCCACCCCCGAAAAGGAUGUCGAGUACCUCGAGUUCGACUCUUGCGUCACCUGCUCUUACUGUCGGUCAAACAUCUUCAACCGGUUCCUCACCUGCAAACACUGCGUUCGCACGCUGAUCACAGGUGACGAGGACGCUUACGAUGUGUGCAUGGAGUGCUAUGCCAUGGGUAGGUCGUGCCUUUGCAUGUCAAAGCUACAAUGGUGCGAGCAAUGGCAGUGGUCCGAUCUCGUCGACAACUAUGAGACGUGGCGCGCCAUGGUCAUUCGCAACGACGGGUACAUUGACUUUGAAACCUCCCCGCAGCCACUCGAGGUAGCGAAGCAGCUUGCGGGCAAAAAGUCGGCGGCCCAAGUCUGCCAGGAAGCCCUCAGGCGUCGUCCGUGGAAGGACAUUACGAAACCGGAGCGUGAAAAGACGCCGAGUGAUUCUGAACAAGACGCGGGAGAAGAGAAUGCAGCCAAGAAAAAGAACAAGCGCAAGAAGAAAAAGGGCGACAUUCGCAAAUGCCACGUCUGCUGCCACAAGGAUUACAGUUACCGCGUUCAGGAAUGCACCAACCCUGAUUGCAAGGAAGCAUACUGCUUCGGCGUACUAUACCGAGGAUUCGACAUGCUGCCGCAGGAGGUGAUGGAGAACGAACAGUGGCAGUGCCCAAAGUGCCUGGGCAUAUGCAGCUGUGCGCAGUGCCGUCGUCGAGGGAUUGGGAAUCCGUACACGCCGAAGAACACUUCCUUGGGGCAUGAUACACGCGCGAUUGCCGACGAUAGAAGUAUCGAGGCUCUGGUUGACUUCCGUGUGCACAAUCUAGGCUGGCUCAAGGCCGCAGGGGAGGACAGCCGGAGCAAAGACAGCAAACGAAUGCAGAGGCUCCGUGAACAAGCCGACACGGCCAAGGCGCAAGACGCAACGGAAGAUGGCGGUGACGAGGCUCAAGACGUCACGAAUGGCCAUGCCUACGGUGCAGUUGUGGACGGCUAUGGCGACCAACGACACGUCUUCGAAGGGCAGGAUGGGCCCGGCCUCACGAGUACUGAAAACGCUCCCGAGGGUCCUGAGGAGCUGGAAGCUCCCCUGCCCUUCACGGAAACAACUGGUGACGAUGCUAUCUUCCAGAAUGGGGAGGAAAGGGAUAUGUCUGCGUAUCCUGAUCCUGUACUAAUGCAUCAGCGCAUCGGAUUGGGAUAUUUCGAUAAGGACGAGACGUCGGAGAAGAUCUUGUUUGAUCACUACGAAGUACCGACGGCCGAGGAUCUCAAGUUUGAUCAGCCAGACGAGUCUGAGUUUAUGAAGAAAUCGAUACGUGCGGCGAAAAAGCGCGCUCGCCAGGAUGAGGAGGAUCCCGAGUUCAUUGUGCGCAAAUGGAAGAAACGACGCCGAACCUCGGAGAAAGACGGUGUCGCGCCGACUGGUAACGACGGCGACGCGAAUGAUACCAACAUGGACCCUGCCUUGUUCAACCAGCAAGCAUCUGCGCCUGUGGCGCCUAUGGAGCCUAGUAACGGCUUGGAGUCAGGGCAGCCACCGGUGACACGUGAGAGUCUUGAGGCUGCAGAAGAGUCGACCAAAGGCCAGCCGGCCCCCGUAUUUGACGCCAACGAGCCUGAACUCCGCCACGCGAGGCCGCGGCAUUCCUACGCGGACUUCGAUGAGCCCGAGAUCGAUGCGUUUGAUGAGGACGACAUUGUUAUCCGGAACACACAGGUCAAAAGCGCAGCCGAGUUGGCAUCGGAAGCCUUCAAGCGCGCGCUUGGCGAGACCGGAGUUUCCGCUGGGAACGGAUCUGCAGGCGAGGGCUCACCGGCUGCUGAUGGUGUGAAGGUUGUGCGACGAGGACCAGGACGGCCCCCAGCCGUCAAAUCGACCUUGCCAAGUAGCGCGUUGGCGGGGGUUGAAGACGCAAAGGCCUCUGAAACCAAACUGGCUCGACGUGCAAGGCCUAGGCGUUCUGGCGUCACUACGAUUGGGCAAGGAGUCAACGAGGAGGAAGAAUCUAACGAAGACACCGAGGAGCCUACAGACGACGAGGCAGAAGAGCCUUCAUAUCGGGCUCCCAAGGUUUCGAAUGGCAAGGGCCGCAGAGGACGUCCACGCAAGUCAGAAGCGGCCGCGGUCUCGACACCGGGUCCUCGCCGUCGAGGCCGCCCUCGCAAGUCAGAACCAAUUGCGCCUCCGGACAAGGACGAUGAAGAGGACAAUGAAAGUGGCCUGGCCGUCGAGAGUGCGGGAGAAGACGCUACGCCUACGGCCGUCAAGGGAACCAGGCCCAGAGGCCGACCUCGAAGAUCGGAGGUGGCUGAGCCUGCCGUCGAAGCUGAGACACCGACUGCGUUUAUGUCGAUGAAGGAACGCAUGAAGCUAAAGGGCAAGAAGUUCAAGAUUGGUACGCUUAAGUCGCAAGGCCCUGGACAGACUGUAAGCAGCGGGGGAGGGUCAAGGGCACGAGACGGAACCGAAGACAGAGAGGAGACUGACGCUUCACCUCCGCCUCCUGGAGGAGCAAGCGGUAGCGAAAGCGACCGAAGCCCUCCGCCCCCUGGACCCUCGUCCCGAGUGUUCGCGCCAUCUGGCCGGACCGUGGUUCGACUUGGUGAACACAGCGAUGCGUCUGACUUUGAGGACGAAUUGGGAAAGGCACAAACACAGAGCGAGUCCAGCGAUGACGAUGACAUCCCUGCUGAAGCAGCGCCUCGUGUUGCCCCAGCAUCUCGAGGGCGAGGUGGAACAAGGGGACGGGGACGUGGAAGAGGACGGGGGAGAGGGAGGGGUUGA